UCUCUCUCCAGUUGUUUUGUGCCAGUGAGACUUUGUUUUAUCCACCGACGUCAUUCAUAUGGUCUGGACGCCGAGGCGCGAGGCUGUUUUCUCCCCGCCGUUAAUUGUGUUUCCUGCAGCCUGACAACUUGUUUGUCUGUUAGCACAUCAGCCGCCCAUGGGCGCUGCUGUUUACACCCUUCUGCUGCUCCACGGGUUGGGCUGUCCGGUGCGCCUCUGCGGUCGGUUCGGGACGGUAUCGGGCUCCGCUCUUAUGAAUGAAUAACGAGACGGGGAUAUGCGAGUGACUGAAAAACUCCCCAGCAGUCGGGCUCCCGGGGGGGCAGCCACCGAUGAGAGGGAUUAACGACGGAGCGGAGCCGCGGCUCAUUGCGGAAAAGCCGACUGCAGACUGGCGUGGAAACGCACCGCGAGGGAAACGGGCUCCAUAGCGCGCCACAGCAGCGGAACAAAACCGCGGUGACCACUAUGUCCAUCCACAUUGUGGCUCUGGGCAGCGAGUGCCCCGGAGGUGGAGAGGAGAUCAUGGGCCAGGGGCAACUGCAGGGAGGCCUGCUGUGGAGCUACCUAGGUCAUGGAGCCAUGGUGGGACCCUGCGACCUGGAGAGCAGCGUGCACAAUCCAGCCUUCAUGGAGUACACGUCACGUGUGUUUGGAGAUGUCACUGUGGUGGUUCGGGAUUGCCCCAGCUGGGACUUGUUGGACAGUGAUUGGGCCAGUGUGCGGAAAGUCCUCGAGCAAGCAGACAUUCUGGUCAUCAAAUAUUCAGUCACAGACAAGCUGGCCUUCCAGCAGGUCAGGAACGGCUACGCCCCAAGACUCCGCCCACUCCUGAGGCACUGGGGUGUCCCUGUCAUCCUGGUCGCUGUGGGAGCACGGCUGAACGAUGAAGGCCCGCCGUGUACGUGUCCACUGUGUGCGUCUGACUGGAGCAGCUGUGUGCCCCACAGCGAAGGACUGCAGCUGUCCAGGGACCUCGGGGCCACCUACCUUGAGUUGCCCUCGCUCAACCAUGUGUUUGUGGGCCGCUACUUUGGCAGCGUGCUGGAGUACUUCAUGAUACAGUGUCUGAAACACAAAGCCAAAGAAAGGCCAGAGAAGAGGAGGGGGAAUAAAGUGAAUGAGCUUCGCCCCCCUCACUUAGAACAACCAGCCCGUCUUCCCCCUAUACGAGUAGAGGAGUCCAGCUUUUCCCAGGACAUGCAGUGGUUGUUGGAGCGUGGCGUGCAGUUCGCCGAUGUUGCUUUCUAUGCAGGAGACUCGGGAAAAGAGCUGGGGUGGGCGCAUGCUGCUGUGCUGUGUGCUGUCAGUCCAUACUUCAGACAGCUGCUCCUGGGGCCCAAGACCAGGGAACGUCCUCAGUCACGGUGUGUGUGUAGGGAGAGGGAUGGAGGCCCACAUUCGCUUCUCUCCACCUGGGACGGAGGGAUUAUUGAUGAUAUGCCCCGAUCAGAAGGGCAUCUGACGGGACGCCUCUCUCGCCUAGUGGUGAAAGACCCCCUCCUGUGCAUGUGCCUCUGGGAGACUCUCAUGUUCAUAUACAGAGGAGCGUGGGAGUGGGAACACCUCCAGGAGGCCCUGGAGGAGAAACUAAAGAGUUCACUUGCUGUGGCCCAACUCAUGGAGCGCAUACGAUCUCUCAUUGGCAGAGACAGGGGCCCCAGGGACACCCCAAGCGCCCGGGCGGCUCAGCUCGGCCCCCAGACUCUUGUCAACCUCUUCAACUCUCCUCUGUACUCUGAUGUCAUAUUCAUGGUGCAAGGGAGUGUACUGCCAGCCCAUCGAGCAGUGCUGGUGGCACGCUGCGAUGUCAUGGCUGCCAUGUUCAGUGGAAAGUAUGCAGAGGCACGGAGCCGAGUGGUGCCCAUCCACGGCGUCUCCUCAGAUACCUUCCUGUCAUUCCUGGAGUACCUCUACACUGACUCCUGCUGUCCUGCCAGUGUGCUCCAGGCCAUGGCAGUGCUGGUCUGUGCCGAGAUGUACCAGGUGAAACGUCUCCAGCACCUCUGUGAAGUCUGUGUGUGCGCUUACCUUCAGAGCAUGCCCAGUAGAGAGCUUUCAUCAACAGGCAUCAGUGUGAUAAGACUACUCCGCAGAGCAAAGUGCCACAAUGCAGAGCAGUUGUAUAUCUGGCUCCUACACUUCAUCGCCAACAACUACCUGAUCUUCAGUCACAAACCUGACUUCCUGGAGCUCUCAGAGGAGGAGCGGGAGCAGGUUGAGAGGCUACGCUGGCCGUCCAGAGGCUACCUUCAAGAGCUCAGCGAGUACCAGCAGCGGAGACGUAAGCUACGCAAGUCACGCUGCAUAGUUAUGUGA